CAUAGUCGAAAUCUCCAUUAAUUAAUAAGGACCCCGUGACUUAUUUUUCUUCAUUUCUUUUGUAGGUGAUGAUGGGAAUUGGGAUAUACAUUUACUAGUUGGUGGAUCCACACAUCUUCUACAUCAAAAGUACAAUUGGAGAUUUUGGGAAAGGAUUUCACCGCUGAAAAUCACCCACAAGAUCUUACACAAAAUCAGGCCUACUUUUGCAGUUUCAACAACAGUUCAGUCUCACCCUCAAAAACCCAGUUCUUCAAUCGAUCCAAUACCGUAAUCAUCCAAACAAAACAGUUCAACGAACUCACUGUUCGUCGGCAAGAUUCUGAGUUAUUUCAUAUUUUGAUCGUUUCAAUCAGCGAAAGGGAAGGGAUUCAAGUGAAAUCCCAUUUAACCCGACUCCCGUUUUGAAUCCAAUUCCACUUCAAAACUCAAGUCUUUGCUCAGUUCAGUAGAACGUCAUCAAUCUUCUUCAUUUUUAUCUUUGAUUUGGAUGUAAAGCGCUCUCGAAGGAUUAGGACGCUCUAUUCAUGAAUUUAGACGAUGGAUCAGGGCCAGCACACAACUCUAUUGAGGUUAACACACAUGCAGCCGAUGGAAAUUUAGUAUUGGAGCCAUAUGUGGGUAUGGAGUUUGAUUCUGAAGAUGCUGCCAGAAGAUUUUAUGCCGAAUAUGCCAGACAAAUGGGGUUUGUUGUACGAAUCAUGCAGCGACGUCGUUCAGGAAUUGAUGGAAGAACUCUAGCCCGGAGGCUUGGAUGUAAUAAACAAGGUUUCUCUCCCAAUCAUAGAGGAAUUUACGGAUUGGAUAAAAAAUCACGGCCUAGUGCACGAGAGGGCUGCAAGGCAACAAUUUUAGUAAAAAUGGAGAAAUCUGGAAAAUGGGUUGUUACACGAUUUGUGAAGGAUCACAAUCAUCCCUUAGUUGUUUGUUCCAAUGGUUUCAACAGUUCGGGCGACAAAGAUAAGAAAAUCGAGGAACUGAAAAUGGAGUUGGAGCAUCAGGAGCAACUAUGCAUUGCUUAUAGGGAAAAGCUAUUCAAUUUUAUAUCAAAUGUGGAGGAACAAACAGAAGAAUUAUCUUCAAAAAUACAAGUGAUCAUCGGCAAUGUAAGGCAAGUCGAAUCUGGAAUGCAAAAACACUAUCAAUGUCGACAAUAGUAAAUAAAUAAAUCUGAAUAUGUAGAGAGUUGAAAAUUUGAGCCUCAAUAAUCUUUUCUACUACUUGAUUUAGGAAUGUACAGUAGCCAUUGAUGUAUUGAACUGAAGAUGAGAGAGUCUUGGACUCUUAAAUGUAAUACAUGUCGUUGGAAUAUCUCCAAGUGUCGUUUUUCUUUUUCCCAA